GAUAAUCUUGAAAAAAAUUACUUUUGCAAAACAACUGUGACUAGAUAGAUUAAUGUUAAAGUUAGCUAAUUAUUAUUGAUCAAAACUUUACUUAUCAUGUUAUUCCAUCCUUUUGAUUUAUUGUGUGUUUAAUAUUUUAUUAUUUUGUGAUUUAAUAUUUUGCUGUUUCUAGACUAGCAUAGAAGUUGACAAUACCAGUUGCAAGUAACUCAAAGUAGUAUCAAAGUGAAGAAACGAGCUCUCAAUUGAUCUUCUUGUGCCAUAAAGGCGUGAAAUAAAUUGCUUCAAGAUGACUCAACGUGAACAUUGGAGAGGAAUCAUGGAAUGGAGCUUUGAAGGCUUAGCUCUAUCCACUCCAUCUAAUCAGUCUUGUAAGAUGUAUGAUGCAGCUUUAUCACAAGUCGUUGGCUUUUACGAUGAUCCACUUCUCGGUGGAAUUGGAGGAACUUUUGACUCAAUGUUUCUCGCCGAUCCUGAUUUCGUUUUAGGUCAUUGUCUAAAGAUUGAUUUGAUGCUGGCAGCUUUGGCUUCAACUACAACUAAAACAGAGUUAACUACCUCCAUUGAUAAUCUUAUAAAAUUGUCUAAAUCAGAUAAACCCUUGACUGAUCGUGAAAAGGCUCAUGUUGAUGCUACACUUCGAUUAGCUCGAGGAGAUCUUGAUGGCGCUUGUCAAAUAUGGGAAAAGAUUCUGUUAACCUACCCAACUGAUUUGCAUGCCUUGAAAACGUGCUAUGAUAUUUACUUCAAUCGUGGACAGUUCAGACAAUUGAGAGACACAGUUGCGCGAGUUCUUCCCUUUUGGCAGUCAUCAGACAUUCCAUUAAAGGGUUAUCUCCAUGGAUUACUCGCUUUUGGAUUUUGUGAAACAAAUAUUUUCGACAAAGCUGAGGCUCAAGCUCGUAGGGCUUUAGAAUGGAAUCCAUGCGAUGGUUGGGCAUCUCAUUCUUUAGCUCAUGUAUUUGAAAUGACAGUUCGAGUUGAUGAAGGUAUCAAAUUUCUUCAAACAACUGAAGACGAUUGGAAGAAAUGUAAUAUUCUUGCAAGACACAACUACUGGCAUAAAGCUGUGUUCCACAUUGAAAACAAUAGCUACGAUGAGGCGAUUAGUAUCUUGGAUAAUAUUUUGAUUCCUCAGAUCGAUACUACACCUCAUGGAUUGGAUUUAGCUGAUGCAAUUUCAUUGUUGACUCGCUUAGGCUUCACUUGUCCUCAAGAAAAAGAUUUUACAGCUCAUUGGAAAUCGACUUAUAAAGCUUCAUCCCCUUAUCUUGGAACUCGAAUUAGCAGUUUCCAAGAUGCACAUUAUUUGCUUGCUUGUAUUGAAAGUGGGAAUGAUUCAGUUGGUGAAUCAAUUCUUACUUCACUUCAGGAGCAAGAUUAUUUCUUCACUAUCGAUAAAAAAAUCGUGAAAUCACUUCUUGAAGCCAUAAUUGCCUACAAAAGAGAAAAAUACAGCGAAGCUGUUGAACUUCUCUUACCAAUUAAAUACGAUAUUUCGAAAAUUGGUGGAAGUGAAGCUCAGCGUGAUCUUUUCAGUCAACUUCUUAUAAUAGCAGCCAUUAAAUCUAAAUGCGAGCAACAUCGAAAACUGGCCGAACACUUGUUGAUUGAACGAGAAAAUCUCAGAUCAAACAGUAAAUUAACAGCUGGUCUUUUACAGCAGCUAAAUAGAAUCAAAUAAUGGCAUAUUCAUCUUGUCUUAUUGUUUAAACCCGUGAUAUUUACACUAUUAUGCAAAUUUACACUAUUCAAUAAUACAAUUCAAGUUGAUGCUCAAAACGUAGCGAAUGAUCUUCACCAAAUCAUGUUUUAAAAAAAUUAUCCGAUCAUUCUGGUUCGCAAAACCUGGAAAAAUCUUUGGAGAAUGGACAAGAUCAUGACUUAAACUGCGCUUCGUAAUUUUGUGUAACUAUAUUAUAUCUUAAAAAAGAUAAUAUAAUAAAACAAUUAGUCUUCUUUUUUUUGUUCAAAAGUAUUAUGAACUAAAUCAUUAGAAAUUUUAUAUUUAAUGUAUUCUGAAAGUGUAUACAAGUUGGGUACUUUGCAUGUUACAUUAAAUAACAAAUAAAUUGUAUUUUUUGCAACUAA